GCUGCUUUUGAAGGCAUCUACAGUGUGUGGAAUCUGCAGCCCACCAAAUCAUGUGAACCAGCUUUUCCACCACGGCUUACUUUCAGAGACUCCCUGUCCACGCCGAUUGGCUCAUAGUUACACAUUUUUCCUGACGAUUGGUUCAUGGGAGUGCGAGCCUGAACCUUGUAACCAAGGGGAGGAAUAAAGUUUACAGGCAAACUUUGACAAGAGACGCACAUUUGGAUACCUGGACAAGUGCACUGGGCUUAGUGACUGUUAUACUGGAACUAUGAAAAGUUUUAAACAGCGACUUAAGAAAAACGAGAGUACAGAAUGGGGGAAGUAUGAUGAUCGUCUCAUGAAGGCGGCAGACAAUGAAGAUAUAGAGAAACUCACAGCAACACUCAAGAAAGGAGCCAACCCCACCAAACUAGACUCAGAGGGCCAUUCUGCGUUUCAUGUUGCAGCUAGAAAAGGCCUCAUAAACAGUCUAAAUGUUUUCCUGGAAAACGGUGUCAACUUGAAGGCUGUAGAUGCUGCCGGUAAAACCGCUUUGCAUCUGUCUGCCACAGGCGGUCAUUCCAUGUGUGUGCAGAGGCUGCUGCAGUGUAAAUGUCCUGUUGACAGCGCAGACCUGCAGGGCCGUACAGCUUUGCAUGAUGCAGCAAAUGCAGGCUGUAAAGCCGCCAUCAAAAUGCUGUUUGACAGCGGUGCAUUUAUUGAUGCUACUGAUGCAGAUGGUAGUUCACCUUUGUUGCUUGCUGCCAAGAUGAGCCAACCAAGAGCAUGCCAGUUGCUUGUGCAAUAUGGAGCUCGCACUGUUCUUCGAGACAAGCAAAGCAAGACUGCGCUAAUAUUAGCUUGUGAGAACUCCUGUAAAGAAGUGGUGGAGAUUCUCCUGAAGACUAAGGCUGAUGUUUCUGCUGUGGACAUUUAUGGCCAUGAUGCUUACCACUAUGCCAAACUAAGUCAGAAUCAAGACUUGAUCACUCUUGUACAACAUGCCUUGGAAACAACCACUAAAGCCAAAGAGACUGCCAAUGUUUCACAGAAGAUUCAACAGGCACAGGCUAAACCCUGGACCAAAGCAGGAUCAGUAAAGACGGAGAAAGCUUUGUCGGAGCCACUAACAAAGGAACAUGGCAGUCACUCCACUGAAGGAAAAGGUGCCAAACAAGGUCAUAAUCUGGAUUCUACACAGGUCAGGCCUGCACAUUCAGCUCCUGUGCCGGUGAGAUCUACUCCGAUGGAGUUAUUGCCCGGUGAGGUGGAGGCCCUUAGGAGAGAACUACGAGAUGCACGGAGGAGGCAAGAAGUAGCAGAGGCGGAGGUGCACAGGCUGGACGCGGAACUGGUUCUGCGCUGUCAGGAAUACGAAGGUCUGAGGAGGAGCAGCGAACAAGCUCUGCAUGCGUCCCAUAACCGGUCAUGGGAGCUGGAGGAGGCCUUGGCUGAGGUGCAAAGAAGGAUGGCCGGCUCAGAAUCCCGAGUGAGACAGAUGCAAGCUCAUCUCGUAGCCGUCAGGGAGCACUUGGUGGAAGAGCUGAGAGUCCAGCUUCAAGAAGUCAAAGGUCAGCGGGAGGCAGCCGUAGUCGAACUGGGGAGAAUGCAGAAGGAGCUCGGCCAGAGCAGGAGGGAGGUAGAGCAGCAGAAGCAGAACCAGGGCUCCUUGAUGCAGGAACUUAGCCGGCUUUCCCAGGAGCUUCUCAGCAGAGAAGAGCAAAUAAACACACUGAAGACGAGGCUAGCAGGAAUGGAGACACAGCAGGCUGAGACGUUGUGUAAAGAAGCUCAGACCCCAUCAGAAUGGUGCCCGACACAUGCGAAGAGCACCACGACUGACCUCAUCACGGAAACCAGCGAACCAACCGUAGAUCUGGAGAACUACAUCAGCAAGGGUGAGCACACAGUCAUAACUAGCUCACUGAACAAUGCACUGCAAAAUGCUGAAACCAAAGCUGACGAGGCUCUACAGAAGUACCAGUGCGUCCAGGAAGAGAACCAGAGCCUUCUGAGAGAACUUCAAGAGCAAAAGACAGAGCUGGACACAAUCCAGGAGGCUCUGAAGUCCAAGUUUGCUCCUGUUGUCUUAGUGGAGGAAAAGGAGAAAGAGGUGGAACGACUCAAACUAGCUCUUGAAGAGAUGGAGAAGAGACAACACCAGGCCAGUGUGAGCAUCUCAAACUCAAAAGAGGAGGGUGUCCAGACAGAAGAACACAGGCAGCCAUGCGCAAGUGAAGUACAGCAUAACCAAGUAUCUUCUACGGGGAGUAACAGAGCAGAAUGUGAAGUCACUAGAAUUGAAGAAGGUAAAAGUAGCGCAACUGAGGACCAGGAGAGGACAUCACCAGAUCAAGUUAUCAAGUCAUCAGUGAAGCAUGAGGGACAGAGGUUGGCUCAGGUCAACAUAUCAGAACCCGUCGGCUCCUGUGAACCAUCACAAUCAGACAGCUCCCUCCAGGCUCAGGUCUACAGCCUACAACAGCAGCUGGAGAACUCGGAAAAGCAUUACAGACAUGUGCUUUCAAUAUACCGAACACGGUUGCUCAGUGCAGCACAGGGUUUUAUGGACGAAGAGGCCAGAGUGGCUCUGCUUCAGAUUGCCAAGAUGAGAGAGUGCUGAGCGUUCAUGUGCAUAUCCAUAUGUAUAGACUUUACUGUUCAAAAGUUUGGGGUUGGUAAGAUUUUGUCAUGUUUUUGAAAGAUGUUUCAUAUGUUAACCAUGGCUGCCUUUAUUUGAUCAAUAGUGAAAUGUUGUUACAAUUUAAAAUAACUGCUUUCUAUUUAAACAUGUCAUCAUAAUUAUUCUGUAAUGGCACUGCUGAAUUAUCAGCAUCAUUAACUCCAGUCUUCAGUGUCUCGUGAUCCUUCAGAAAUCAUUCCAAUAUGCUGAUUUGAAGAAACAUUUCUUAUUAUUGUCAGUGUUGAAAAAAGUUGUGCUGCUUAAUGUUUUUGUGGAAAGCGUGAUACAUGUUUUUCAUGAUUCUUUAAUGAAUAGAAAUAGCAUUCUAAAUGUCUUUACCGUCACAUUUGAUCAAUUUAAAGGAAAGGUAAGCGAUUAGUUCCAGAAACUAUGUGUUAUGCUGGUUGAAAGUCUCUUCACAUCCUGAUAGCAUACACUAAGACUAAGUUAAGUGGUCUAAAUGCAUUUAUAUGUAUAUUGUCUGUGGAAGGCGUAGAACCAUAAAAUGUUUAUCCAAUCAUUGCACUCGGUCCGAUGUACUAUCUGCCUGUCUAGCUACUGUAUAUUUCCAUAGAUCGUACAGACAUCACACAUCAUCAGAGCGUCUCAUGCUAUGCAGAAUUAGACAGACGUCAGUAGAGCACCACAACAGAAACCGCAGCUGCCUUUUCCAAAACAAUGAGCUCAUGCUAUGUUCACGCCAUAACUACUGUAAUUUGGAAGAAAUGGAAACUGUGACGUUAUACUUGGAGUGGGUUGUGACUCUAAUUUAUGCUUUUAAAUGACACUAUUAGUGCUGUUUAAGUUGUUUAUGUUUAUUAUUGUAAUGUAAUGUGCUUUGUGACAUGAGGUGAUUUAACCAUGGAGCUUUGCUACCUGCUGUACGCGUUCAUGUUGUUUUGAAGGUGUGGCUUUGUAGACGCUCUGAAGGGAGGGUGGGAUCUCAUGCUUUCAAAGCUAGCUUGCUAUUGCCAGCCUCUCUGAAAACUGCCAACCCUACCAUUAAUAUAUUGUUACUGAAUAAAAGUGUUCAUAUAUUUCUGUAAAAAAUACAUUGCUGACCCUAAACUUUUGAAAUGUAGAGUAAAUGUAGACAUACACUGUGUCUGUGUCUACACGACACGACAAAGGGACUAUUGCAAUUCCAUUGAGGUCCAGCUUUCUGGACCUAAUCGGUGGAGCUAGAAGGUCCAAACACACCACCCUCACAUUAAACUUAGUAUACCUGUCCUAAACUGAUUGUGUCUGGUGUAGACAUGGUAUUAAUCACUAGUUCUUUAACAGAAAACAGAAUCAAAUUUGGUGUAAUUUAGGUUUAUUUAUGUCCCCCUUUCACUAAACAAUGUCUUGUGCAAAUUAACUGUGGCUCUUUGUAACAAACUACAAUUAAACUAAACAUUAAACAUGUUGAAAUAAAUUUUUUUU